AUGGAAAACUUCACGUGGAACAGCGACACCCUGCAGGUGGAGGGAUUAAAGGUCACACAGGUUUCUGUCUACCCCGUCUUCUUCUUCUUCUUACUCUCCUACAUCCUCAUCAACUUAGCAAACAUCGGCAUUCUGGUGGUGAUUUUUAUAGAUAAGAACCUUCACCAGCCCAUGUACCUGCUCUUCUGUAACAUGCCCGUAAAUGACAUCGUGGGAAACUCCAUCAUGUUGCCCCGGUUGCUGUCAGACAUCCUGCGUCCUCCCUCCGAGCGCCUCAUCAGCUACUACGAGUGUGUGCUGCAGGCGUUCUCCACGCACAUGUAUGCCACCACCUCUCACACGAUACUGAUGAUCAUGGCCUUUGACAGAUACGUGGCCAUCUGUAAUCCUCUGCGUUACGCCGCCAUCAUGACCAACAACAUAGUGGCCAUGCUGACUGUGUCUGCCUGGGGCACAGCCUUUGUUCUGGUGGGGAUUCUGCUGGGUUUGACCAUAAGACUGAACCGAUGCAGGACAGUGAAGAACCCGUUCUGUGACAACGCCUCGCUGUUCAAACUCUCCUGUGAGAGUGUGUUUAUUAAUAACAUCUACGGCCUCACGUUCACCGUGGUCCUGCUCUCUUCUUCUAUCGGCAGCAUAGUUCUCACCUACGCUAAGAUCACAGUCGUGUGUGUGACCAGUAAGAGCAAGUCUCUGAACAGUAAGGCCCUGAAGACCUGCAGCACCCACCUGAUGUCGUAUAUGAUCAUGUUCUUUUGUGGAAUGCUUAUCGUUAUUCUGCAUCGCUUCCCUCAGUUAUCUGACUACAGGAAGAUGUGCACCAUUCUGUUUCACAUCGUCCCCGGCAGCUUGAACCCCAUCAUCUACGGAGUCCAGUCCAAAGAGAUACAAACGUUUCUGUCUAAACUGAUUCAGUCCAGAAAAGUCUCAUAA